CCUCUUUCCAAGACCGAGCUCGCUGUCUCACGUCCACCAUGCUCCCCUCUGCGCUCACGAUCCUCACUCUCUUCGCCGCGGCGGCGCCCUCAUGGUCUCAACAAAUAGCUGACGCGCCGACUCUGGCUUCUCUCUACUCCCUCUCGACAUCCACGUCCGUCCCCUUCCCCACAGCAACACUCUCCAACUCUGAUGCGCAAUCCUUCAUUGUCCAGGGCUGGUCGCUCAGCAAGGGCAAGAUCCAGCAGGGCGGCGGAAACAUCGCGUUCGUGAACGACCCUUUCCCAAACAACCCCGCCCCGUCCUCCACAUCCAACACCACCGGACCAGUACUCCAGGUGAAGUACCCUGCAGGCCAGGUCGGUAGCGAGACCAGCGGAAUGCAACUAUACUCGCUGUGGAACACCUCGGAUGGGUCCUCGUUCCAGAGCGUGCUCGUCACGUACGAGGUCGCCUUCGACUCCAACUUCGACUUCGUGAAGGGCGGCAAGCUCCCGGGUCUCAGGGGUGGUCCAGAUCCCGACGGCUGCUCGGGGGGCUCUGCGGCGAACGGCACCAAUUGUUUCAGUACGCGUGUCAUGUGGCGGACGAAUGCGGCUGGCGAAGUAUAUGCAUAUGUCCCAACGCCGAACAACAUAUGCUCGAAUUCGGCCAUCCGUUGCAACUCCGACGGGUUUGGCACAAGUAUAGAUCGCGGCUCGUUCGCAUUCGUUCCCGGCCAGUGGAAUCGCGUAACGAUGCUCGUGCGUCUUAACCAACCUGUGGACACAGCAAAUGGAGAGGUCACGCUCUACUACAACAAUGUCAAGGCCCUCGACCAGCAAGCGCUGCAAUAUCGGAGCGCGUCCAGCCUUACAAUCGGCGGUCUCUACUUCUCCACAUUCUUCGGCGGCAGCGACUCCUCAUGGGCACCCCCGUCCGAUGUCAACGCAUACUUCCGCAACAUACAGCUUUAUGGAAGCUCCUCACCGUCGAACCUGACCGGCUCGAAGGUCAGCGGCGCCGCAGCCCAACGGCCGAGUUCCUUGGCGGCGUCUGCGUGGUCCGCGGCAGCGUUCGUGCUCGCAAGCGCAGUGUUUGGCUUGUUGUUUUAGCGGAGCAACAAUGGUUGCGCAUGAAUGGACGUCGGUAAUACCAAUGCCUGUGCCUGCGCCGGCUUCUGUUACGCAUUAUUGCCUGUAACAUCUCGCCCCGCUGGAUGUCACGGAGUGGCCUGGACUAGUAGAUGAAUUGUCACGGAACAAUUUGCAAUGUUUCAUCGCUCUCGCCUGCAUAUCAUAGUGUAUUAUCCAUUAUUACAGCUUCUUC